CCCGUUGCGGUGAACCUUUAACCCAAACUCACUCAGAAAAGACUUAUCAGUGACUCAUAUUUUGGACCGCUUCCAAGUACACUCUGGAUCCUUCGCGACAUGUCUCUCAAUACUAUAAAUUUCCCAAGAAGACAAAGAACCCAGAAACAAAAAAGACAGCCUUUUUAAGUUGCUUGGUAUUGUGUGUGUGGCUAGAGAGAGGUCAUCCCAGUGGAUAGUGCAAAAUGGCUGCAGAAAAGGAUAAGGGGAGAGAAGCUGAACAGUUUUUGUUGGAUGAGAGUGUUGAUGAUGUUUUUGAAGUGAACAAGAGUUAUGGUGGUGCUGGUGCUGGUAGUAAUAUUAGCAGCAGUGAUAUUGAAAAUGUUGAAGGAGGUUUACAGGGUUCUCCUUCUAGUUCUUUCAUUUCUCAGCAAUGGCCAAAGAGUUAUAGAGAGACUACCGAUUCUUAUACCAUCGCAGCAUCACCAAAUUUUGGAUAUCUUGGUCCUAGCCCAAGUGUUACAUCUUUUGGAUUUGACAAUCAUUCUAAAAGUAAUUUAGACCUCGAUGGAAAGUCUCCUUUAUUGUCUGAUUAUGAAAGAAGUUACCAAAAGCAAGACUUGGAUAGGAUCUCAAGGGCACAAUCAUCAUUGUCAGAGGAAGCCUCAUUUCAUAAGCAGGUUACUGGGGAGUUACCCAUUGGUCAUGGUUGCAGCCUUACUCAGACUGUCUUCAAUGGAAUUAAUGUGCUGGCUGGAGUUGGGCUUCUUUCUACACCUUACACGGUGAAAGAAGGUGGCUGGGCAAGUUUGGUAGUCCUAGUUUUUUUUGCAGUUGUUUGUUAUUACACUGCCUCCCUCCUGAGAUACUGCUUUGAGAGCAAAGAAGGCAUCAUAACCUACCCAGAUUUAGGAGAAGCUGCUUUUGGAAGAUAUGGACGUCUUUUCAUAGCUAUUGUUUUGUACGGUGAAUUAUAUUCCUAUUGUGUAGAAUUUAUUAUUUUAGAAGGAGAUAAUCUCACCAAGCUAUUCCCUGGAACAUCAUUGGAUUGGGCUGGUGUUUAUCUGGACUCCAUGCACUUGUUUGGAAUUCUAAUUGCCCUGAUUGUUCUGCCAACCGUUUGGUUGAGGGAUCUCCGCGUGAUCUCAUACCUUUCAGCUGGUGGGGUCCUUGCAACAGUUUUGAUAGCCCUAUGUGUACUUUUCCUUGGUACAAUAGAUGGAAUUGAGUUCCCUCAAACUGCUCAAGUAGUGAACUGGAGUGGCAUUCCAUUUGUAAUUGGUGCAUAUGGAUUUUGCUUUUCUGGGCAUUCUGUUUUUCCAAAUAUCUACCACUCAAUGGCUGACAAGACAAAAUUUAGCAAGGCACUCCUAAUAUGUUUUCUUUUGUGUGUCUUGAUAUACGGGGGUGUUGCAGUGAUGGGGUAUCUCAUUUAUGGUCAAAAUACAUUGUCCCAGAUAACUUUGAAUAUGCCACCAGACGCUUUUGUUUCCAAAGUUGCAAUUUGGACAACAGUUAUUAAUCCGUGCACUAAAUAUGCGCUAUUGAUGAACCCUUUGGCAAGGAGUAUAGAGGAGCUGCUGCCGGUUGGAGUUUCAAAUAGUCUCUGGUGUUAUGUCCUUUUAAGAACAGCACUUGUCGCUUCUUCAGUUUGUGUGGCUUUUCUUCUUCCCUUUUUUGGUCUUGUUAUGGCUUUAAUUGGUUCUCUCUUCAGUAUAAUUGUGUCAAUAAUAAUGCCAGCUUUAUGUUUUUUAAAAAUCAAGGGGAAUAAAGCUACAAGGACACAGAUUGUUUCAAGUACCAUAAUAGCUGUAUUGGGUGUCAUUUGUGCAACUGUUGGAACAUAUUCUUCAGUGUCAGACAUUGUGAAGAGUUACUGAAAUAUUCAAAUGGUUCAACAUGUCAAUAAUUCCGGUAAAUACCCAUCCCUUUGGUAUGUGCAUUCUCUUUUCAUCACACUAAAUAUUCAAGUCACAGAUUAUAGCCAGGAAUUAGACCUUUUGAAUGCUGAAACUCAUUAUAUCUUUAAAUGUAGCCUUUAAGGACUUGUAUUAAACACAUUUUUUUUAUGGUAAUUUUUGUGCUGAAUACAUUGAUAUUAUCAUUUGUAACAUUGAAGAAGAUCAGCAGUCACUCUAGCUGUAAUUUCUGUAAUGAUGAUACUUAUGUCCUUCGCUUACUGCAA